CCUGGGCAGCGAGGCUUGGCAGCUCGCCCCGGCGCGCAGCACGAUGGGCAAGAGGCUGAUGCUGCUGGCUGCCGGCGGGGCGGCGCAGGAGGCGCGGGCGCAGAAGGAAACCGCUUUCGCCAGCCCCGCAGCCUACGCACCGCAGAGCCCGGCCCCCGCCGGCGGCGGCGCCAAGGAGGCCCAGCUGGCCGCCUCGCUGCGCGGGAGCGGCCGGGCCUCCACCGCCGCGGAGCCCAGGCAGACCACAGGCCUGACGGCGCUCGGCUGUGGCCUCGCGACCGCGGCGGUGCUUGCCGGCGCUGGCGCGCGCGCGCCUCGACGGAAGAGGACCAGCCUGCUGGUGCGGCGCGCCACCUCCAUCGUGGCAAAGGAGAAGGACGCGUCCUCGGCGCCGCUGGCGCUCGACGACGUCGAGAGCUCCGUGGCGGACUUCGUGCCGAAGAUCUCGGCGCUGCAGAACCAGGCC